AAUAAUAAAAUAAAAUAAAAACUUUCAAAGAAUCAAAUUCCGUUCCGAAUUGAUUCACAUAACAACAUGCAUGGAAGCUUAAUAACGUGGACAAAUCAACAUUCCACAUUUUAUUCUUUUCGUAGAUAAGAACGAAUAAUAUCAUUCUCUUUAUAAACUCAUCACUCAAAUGCAUUUGUUGCAAUUGCAAAAAGAAAACCAAAACAAAGCUCAAUCAUGGCUAGUCGGAGAGAAGUACGGUGCCGGUGCGGCAGACGGAUGUGGGUUCAACCAGACGCCCGUACCGUCCAAUGCUCAACCUGCCACACCGUCACGCAGCUCUACUCGCUAGUGGACAUAGCUCGCGGUGCAAACCGCAUAAUUCAUGGGUUUCAACAGCUACUUAGACAACACCAACCGCAACAUCAUGAACAACAACAACAACAAAUGAUGGCUCAACCGCCACCACGGCUGCUUGAGCCUCUUCCCUCGCCGUUUGGGAAGAAGAGAGCAGUUUUAUGCGGCGUGAACUAUAAGGGAAAAAGUUAUAGCUUGAAAGGUUGCAUCAGUGAUGCUAAGUCCAUGAGAUCUUUAUUGGUUCAACAAAUGGGUUUCCCUAUUGACUCUAUUCUCAUGCUCACAGAAGAUGAAGCCAGCCCGCAGAGAAUACCGACGAAGAGAAACAUUAGGAAGGCGAUGAGAUGGUUAGUUGAAGGGAACAGAGCAAGGGACUCACUAGUGUUCCAUUUCUCUGGUCAUGGAUCUCAGCAGAAUGACUACAACGGAGACGAGAUCGAUGGUCAAGAUGAAGCCUUGUGCCCUUUAGACCAUGAAACAGAAGGAAAAAUCAUUGAUGACGAGAUUAACCGGAUACUCGUGAGGCCUCUCGUCCAUGGAGCUAAGCUUCACGCUGUCAUCGACGCCUGUAACAGCGGGACUGUCCUUGAUUUACCCUUCAUUUGCAGGAUGGAGAGGAAUGGUUCUUAUGAAUGGGAAGACCAUAGAUCAGUCAGAGCUUACAAAGGAACAGAUGGUGGAGCAGCUUUCUGUUUCAGUGCUUGUGACGAUGAUGAAUCCAGUGGUUACACUCCUGUAUGCUUCCAUUAUAUCAUUCAUCAUCAUGCAACUAAGCACACAUACCUCUCCGUAUGUUAACUGGAUCAUUUCGUGCUGUUUCAGGUGUUCACGGGGAAGAACACAGGAGCCAUGACUUAUAGCUUCAUAAAGGCGGUGAAGACAGCUGGACCAGCACCCACGUAUGGCCACCUGCUUAACCUUAUGUGUUCUGCAAUACGAGAGGCCCAGUCUCGCCUCGCCUUUAACGGGGACUACACAAGCUCUGAUGCAUCCGCGGUAAGUUAAUAAACAACUUGUAUUAUCUGAAACUUACAUUCUGAAUGAUUGAAUAUCGUAUCUCCCAGGAGCCACUGCUAACAUCAUCUGAGGAAUUUGACGUGUACGCGACAAAGUUUGUACUCUGAAUGCUGUACAUAUGAUGCUGCAAAUAGCUCGGAAACGUUUCUAUGUGUAUGUAUCAUGUAAUGAUUAUGUUGCAUAGCCUCUCUCUUCUUACGAGCAAUAAAGCUAUGAAAUAAUUGAUUCGCUAAGAAAUUUAAAAUGAAAUGAAAUGUGUGGAAAGUUUCACAGG